AUGUCGACGCAACGCCUCCCGGCUCAGCGCCAGCUCCUCGAAUCCCUCGUCGUCUCCUUGUCGAGCGCGCCGCCUUCCUUGGCACCGUCACAGGCUGACAAGCACGUUGCCGAUGCCAGCGAUGCAGAGGAAGUCGACCGUCGCCGCCGUCUGCUUUUGACGCUCCACGUGCUGUUCCCAGACAUGGUACUGUCGGCCCUGGACCUCCUCGACCGCAAGUUGGUGACGCGCUUCGUCGCAGCCGUGGAGCCCGAGGCGUCGCGCGGUGUUGAGACCGAAGACCCAAGCGCGGGUCUUGCUGAACAUGCGGAGAAUGCUGGAGAGCCCGCUUCGCCCACAGGACGGUGCCAGGCUGCUGGACGACACUCGACGGGAUGCGUGCAGGCUUACUUCGUCCGCUCACUUGCCUCUACCCUGAGUCGGCGCGGCGGCCGGGAUCCCCCGUCCGCGCCGAGGACUUACGCCGUGCACCUAGACGCAUGGAGCUGCUCAUGCGCGGGCUUCGCCCUCGAUGCGUUCGCCCACUACGACGGGGCGGCGGCGCAGGAGGGGCACGCGAGACGCAAGCGGCUGGACAAGGUUGGCUGUUUGGAGGUAUGA